AUGGGUGAGAAGAGGAAGGUGGACGAUGGCAUCUCAAAGACCGAUGGCAAGAAAUUGACAAAUCGUCAAAAGCGAAAGAAACUAAAUGAGAAAAAUAAAUGGCCCCAGCACCCGAAGAUUCAAUCCAUGGAUCAACGAGCCAAAGCAUACAUUCGAGUUGCUGGUUUUGGGAACACUUCCAAAUCGAAGGAAACCAUUGACCCUAAGCUGGAUCUCAUGUCACCUGAAGUGAAAUUUGGGUCUCUACUUGGUGGAACUGACCAGCGCAAAAGACAUGCAGCUGUGAAUAAGCUGAAGGAAUAUCUUAGGGCUAGGUGUGCCAUUGACAACGAAAAUGGUGGAAUUUCAGAACUGGACCUUCUGAAGCUCUGGAAGGGGCUCUGGUACACCCUUUAUAUGGCUGAUAAAGCUCCGGUACAAGACGAACUGUCGAAGCGGCUUGCUGAACUAUUAUGGUGUGUUGCUGGAACUGAAGAAGAGGACGAGUAUGCUGGUCAAGCCUAUUUGGAUAUGUGCGAACAAUCAGAACUUGCCAUGGCUGAUGAUUUUGAUGAAGAUGAUGUCACAAUGGAAGAGAUUGUCAACAUACUUUCAAACGAGGUCCGAGAAAUUGAAAGCGAUAGUGAAAAUGAAAGCGAAGAGGAAGGAGAUGGUGAGGAUGAUCCCGAGGAAGAAGAUGGCGUAUCAAACAAAUCGAGUCUCUUUGCGAACCAAGACGACGGCGGUGGUGUUGAAGACGAAGAAGAAUCUGUAGACGAUAUAAACAUGCCACACUGUCGUGGAGCCCAUCUCGCGUCAAUCUUUAUUCGGACUUUCUUGAGGACAAUUCGAAGAGAGUGGGGGGGAAUGGACAAGUAUCGCGUCGACAAAUUCUACACUCUGAUGCGUUUAUACUUGCAUGAGGUAUUUAAAUAUAUGGCUACUCGCCAUUGGAACCUAGGGAUUAUUAGGUUGUUUAAUGAUGCCAUCUUCGAAGAGGUUCUCAGUCAAACUCCAAAUGGAUUGAGAUAUCAUUUGAUCGAUAUUACGCUAGACGAACUAGCCAGAGCAAACGCAAAAGCACCAAUGCCAUUAACUGAAGCUACAUUCCUUGACACCCUGGAGCCAUACUUUGCAAUGUGCCAAACUGGAUCCAAUGAUGAUACACUGCAGGCUAGAGUAUUGGAAAAGGUUGUGGAAAAGUUUCUUGAUGAAUACUCUGUGAUCAGUGAAAACGCAUUGGCUAACGACACGAACGAGGGGGACGACAGUAAUCCAAUAUUCGACCAAGUGCACGUUGGAAGCGUAGCGCAGUUCAUAUUCGAGCUUGCUAGCGAUCCUGAGACAAAUGAUAGGUAUCGCAAGUCCCUCUAUGACAUGCACAAGAAGUACAUGCGAAGACUGAAAAAAGUGGGAUUUGAUGUCGAAUUGGAUGAAACAUACAAGGACGGAGGAGAAGGAGAGGAAGAAGAAAUUAGCCGAGAUGAGAUUGACCUAGAAAGCUCACAGUCCCUAGCCACUGAGGAAACCCCAGAAGAAGACAAAGAAAAGACAAUGGAAGACGAUGGCGACAGGAUCGAACGAUCGAUCAAGCUGAAGAUGAAACAUGAGAAAGACGAUCUACAAAAGAAAGGCUCGAAGAAGAAGAAAAAUAGAAUUUCAAAGGCAGAUGCUGAGAAGGAUGGGAGUAAAGAAGAGACGGUGAUGAUAUCUAUCUCAGAGCAGAAACAUGCCAAAGCUCGAGGAAAGAAACAAAAGAAGACUGUUGAAGAUGCCGCCUUUAGCGUUACAACGGAAGAGCAGACAGAGAGCGAUGGAAGACAAAAGCGGGUCAAAUUCACACGAACAAACAGAAGCAAGUCCUACAAAGCUAGCAUCAAAGCUCUGGUCACAUCCACCCCUCCUAAAACAUCCGUUGAAACCCCGGAGAAGAGCAUCCUUAGAUCUUCGGUAUCUUCGGGAUGCGCUGUAGUUGGAUGUGGUGUUCUUGGAACGAGUGUGUGCCAACAGUUUGUCAAACUUCCAGAAUUUGAAUCUCAAGAAGUUGUAGGCAUCACAAAAAGCAACACGCGUCACGAGGAAAUCUUGGCGGAAGUUGGCAAGAACGAUCGCUUCAGAGUCGCAACGAUAGAAGAUUGUGCCGGGGAAAAGUACAAGAAUGUUGUUUUUUGCGCUCCGCCCUCGGGCUUUAACGACUAUUCCGCUGCAGUCGAUCAUUGUAUGAAGACGGUCUGGGCAGGUCCUAACUCGGGUGGCGUCUUCAUUUUCACGUCCAGUGGAGGGGUCUAUGGAUUUGGGAAUGAUAAGCAAGUCGUCACAGAGAACUCGCCAGUUGCCGAUCCUUCAAAGAAUCCACGCGCUGCAAGACUAAUCAACGCCGAGGAACGCGUUCUAUAUGGCGACGGAGCAUGCUUCAGACUUGCUGGCUUAUAUUCAUUGACAAGAGGUGCGCAUAACUUCUGGCUGACAAGCGGAAAAGACGUCUCAGGUAGAGCAGAUGGCAUUAUCAACCAGCUUCACUACGAUGAUGCGGCAAGGGCUGUUCUUGCCGGUCUUAGUGCAGGUCCAUCAGCUGUAACUGGGAACGUUUUUCUCAUUAGCGAUGGUCAUCCUCUGACAAGAGAGCAGAUUUGUGAAAGCGCAUUGAAAAACAAACACUUUUCUGGAUACGAACUGCCCAAGUUUCUUGGAACCAAUGAAGAUCCAGUUGGCAAAAUUUACGAUGGUUCAGCAAGCAACAAAGCUCUGAAAUGGGAUCCUGUGUAUCAGUCGUUCGGCGCCUUCAUGGUAUCAGGGGAGUCCUGA